GGGACCAGUAACUUGCCGUUAGCAACAGCUACGUUAAACGUGUCGAAUUUUGUUCAUUCGUGUGCACAGAAGAAUACCUAACUCGAAGAUGGUGCAGAUCGUAGGAAAGUACCAACACGUCUCCAACGAGAACUUCGAAGAGUUCUUGAAAGCCUCUGGCCAUCCUGAUUUGUCUGGACCGAUACUACAAUCGAAACCACUUGUUGAAAUCACGAACAACGGUGAUCAAUGGAAUAUCGUUGUUAUGUCUGAUAACAAGACUAGCACGUCUUCGUUCAAACUGAACGAACCCUUCGAGGAAAAAUUACCCGCUUUCGAUCGCAAAUUCCAGAGUGUAGCUGUGUUGGAAGGCAACACUUUCAAAGUGACAACAGAUGCUGGUGAUGGCACCAAAAUUAUGCGCGCCUACGAAUUCACAGACUCUGGAAUGAAAGUUCACUUGUCUACGACUAAAAACGACAUCAAGGCAACACGUACAUACAAGAGGCUUUAAACAUGAAAGCAAUUAGAUAAACAAUUAGUAUCUUCUUCCUAUAUUAAUUAAAAAUAAAAAUUUUUUUUACAACUACA